AUGGUCGGUCCAGGCGGUGGUCCACCACGCAAGAGCCACACCAAAUCCCGCAACGGUUGCAAAACAUGCAAGAGAAGACAUAUUCGAUGCGAUGAGACUUUCCCGCAAUGUCGCAAUUGUACAAAACACAACUGCCGCUGUGACUACCAGGACACAGCUGCCGCUCAAAGGGCCAGUCCACCCGCACCACGCCGCGGUCCGGACCUCCUCAUGUCGCCAGAAAUCGAGACGGAAAUAGAGAACUGGCAUAGAACGGGGGUACCUCCAUAUCCCGAACUUUUGCAGUGUCCGCGCUCAGGCUGGUUGGGAUUGUCGCGCUCUGAUUUACGCCUGAUUCAUCAUAUUAUUGGGCUUUCUAUUGAUCUGCAUCGUCGUGGAUUAAGUAGUUGCACCGUAUGGGCUCAGAAAAUGCCCAAUUUCCUUGCGAUUGCGUUGGGUAGCGAGUUUGUGAUGAGCGCUAUUUUGGGCUUGUCUGCCUUUCAUCUUGGUUCCCUCACACGGAACUCGGACACUAAACAGUUGGCUUUCCGUCACAAGGCCACUGCGCUUCAAGGGCUACAGACUGCCCUUGGGUCUUUUUCCAAAGCGAAUUGUGAUGCAAUCCUUGCGGCUUCCGUUCUUUUAUCGUGGCAAGCGACAGAACAUCAAAGUUGGGCGUCUUUACAGCAUGGAAUUUCAAGCGUCCUCGAAUCCAUGCAUCCAUAUUGGAAGCAAGAUUCAGAUCUCGCACAGUUUAUAGAAAACCAGCGAGCACUACACACGACAGAUCCCUCAAUCACCGGGGCCUACCAACCUCUCGAUGAAGACAUGCUGCAUCUAGAUCAAACAAUCCAGACCCUACGAAUCACUCAAGAGCGAGUAUCCCACAACCUUGAGCACUCGCAGCGCCUGGGCGAGCUCAUCGAAUUCACACAACAAUUUCGUGACGACUUCCCCAGCCAAACGUCCGAAGAAUCAUUCGAGUGCAUCCAAACCCUCCGCCGCUGGCUUUUCUGGCUUCCAGCCUCCCUCCUCCGAAGUGGUGACUCGGACAUCAACGCCCUCCCAAUCCUUGCCCAAUUCUUCGCAGUCGGUAUCUCCCUCGACAUCUUCUUUCCAGAGCUAGGCGGCGCAUAUUUGGGCGCUCUUUCUGUCGGUCCCAUUGAAGAAAUCUACCGCAUAAUCGCCACCCACAGCGCAACAGACCCCUUCAACGCCGAACUCCGCCUUGCCCUUACAUUGAUGGACCUACCCCGUGGGAUUGUCGCCCGCUACCGCGGCCGUCUCCCAUGGUCCCCUCGCUCAUCGGUCGACCAAUACUCCCCCGGCCCUCCGAGCCCCUACCACCACAAUCCGCAUGAAUACCCCUUCGUCGCCUCUUCUUCUCCUGCUUCUGCUUCACCGUCAUACCCCGCCUAUACCCCUCCUCUGCAUUCCCCUCCUGCUGUCGCAGUUGCCAACUCUCCAUUCCACCUCCCAGAUGGCUACGUUCCAGCGGCCCCUUCUCAUUCUUUAUACCCGCCUUCCCCACAUCUCAUCGACACCCACGACCCUCACCUCAGCUUAUCAGAAUUGAGCCACAGCCAUGCGCAUUCAGGCUCGAUACCACAUUCCUCGGUAUAUACCCCGCCAUAUAGCAGCGAGUUGUGCACCGAGAUGCCACGAGUGGACGGCACACUGGGUCUUAAUAUGGAGCUUUAUUCGCAGACACACCCCUUUGAGAUUCCGGGGUUGGCUGCUCCCGCUUCUCUUUGGACAUGA